GCGCGACGGUUUAACCACACGGGGUGGGAAAAUUAUCUCUAUGUGUGCACUAACAUGACAUUUCAGCAUUGCUUUGCUAUAUCCUAACUUCUCAUUUUAGUGGUUGCCAUAUGUAAAACAACAGAAGCCCCGACACAGCCAGUCAAACGUGCACAGACAGGAGCACUAGAACUUGCCCUCUAGUAGAGGUAUAAAGUACCGUUACAACACGUGGACCAACAGGCAGUUGUCAGUCAUGAAAAUUGCUGUGGAAGGAUGUUGCCAUGGUGAGCUAGACAAAAUCUACGAGACUAUUGACUUCCUGGAGAAGAAGGAUGGGGUGAAAGUGGACUUGCUGCUGUGCUGCGGUGACUUUCAGUCUGUCCGAAAUGAAGGGGACAUGCAGUGCAUGGCCGUACCUGACAAGUACAAACAUAUGCAAACCUUCUACAAAUACUACUCUGGAGAAAAAAAGGCUCCUGUAUUGACCAUUUUUAUUGGAGGGAACCAUGAGGCUUCCAACUACCUUCAGGAGCUCCCCUAUGGUGGCUGGGUUGCUCCCAACAUCUACUAUCUGGGUUAUGCUGGGGUUGUACGGUAUAAAGGAAUACGAAUAGGUGGACAGUCUGGAAUCUUUAAAUCUCAUGACUACCGGAAAGGGCACUAUGAAUUUCCCCCAUACAACAGAGACACCCUGCGUAGUGUUUACCACAUCCGAAACAUUGACAUCUUCAAACUCAAACAGCUCCAAAUGCCCAUUGACAUAUUCAUGACCCAUGACUGGCCCCGCGGGAUCUACCAUUACGGUUGCACAAGCGAGCUCCUGCGAAAGAAGAAGUUCCUGCGUCAGGAGGUUGAGUCUAAUACUCUGGGCAGUCCGGCUGCUGCGGAACUCCUGGCACACUUGCAGCCCAGUUACUGGUUCUCUGCCCACUUGCAUGUCAAGUUUGCUGCCUUAAUGCAGCAUAUGGUUAAAGGUGACGCAGCUCCUCGCACAACCAAGUUCCUCUCGCUGGACAAGUGCCUGCCUUACAGAGAGUUUCUUCAGAUAGUGGACUUGCCUGACAGGCCAAGCUCCUCCCAGGGUUUGGAGUAUGACCCAGAGUGGUUAGCUAUUCUGAAGGCAACUGAUGCCCUACAGAAGCCCUCUCCUCACCCCUGGAACCCACCCCAGAAUAACGGACUUCACACAAGGUGGGACUUCCGGGCAUCAGAGGAAGCCAUGAUGGAGGCGAUGAGUGACCUGGGAGGAGAGCUGACAAUCCCAGACAACUUUAGUCGUACUGUGCCCGCUUACGACCCUGCCCGCCCCCAGCAUCGAACACAACCCAGCUGCAGCACCAACCCUCAGACCACUGAGCUAUGUGCCACCCUGGGCCUCACUGAUAUCUAUGCCCUGGUUGGACAAGGUGGGCAGGGGCCCCAAAGGGUGGCCCCUGGAGAGGAGGAUGAUGAUGGUGGUGGUAGCACAGGGAGUGUGGAAGAGCCUAGUGAAUACCCAACUGACACAUCAGGCCUUUCCAACUCCUUCAACCCAGACGAAAUCACCAUAGAGGAUGAGUGGGAGGAAGAGGAGGAGGAGGGGGGGGAAGAGGGAAUGGGAGAGGGGCAGGGCGAGAGAAAAGGAGGGUCGGAGGCUCAGAGUUCAGAUGUUGACGCUGAGGGGGAGAAGGGGGAUUUGGAGAGCCCCUCAGUGGGUCUCCACCCACAUGGUAUGGUCUUGCCAAGCCCCAAAUCAGACCCCUCUCCAUCCUGCCUGUCCCUCUCCAUGAGUCUGCCUCCACCCACCCACUCCUCCCCUCCCAGGAGCCCCCCAUCUCAGGGCAUCUCAGCGGGCGAGAGGGAAGAGGAAGCGUCGGUGGUCCGGAUCCCAAAACGCACAAGCGGAGAAACGGGAGAUCCCAGCAACACAGGCAGCACUCCCAGGAUCAAGCGACGGAACCAGGUCAUCUAUACCGCAGUAGAAGAUGAGGAGAGUGAGAGUUAGGUUUAGAGCUAAAGGUCAAAAAAGAAAAGAUUUCUAAAGCCCCAGAGUUGUUAUGUAUUUUUUACCCUUUUCAGGUUUUUACAGAAUAGAUUUUUCAGUGUACGACUUUAUAAUUUUAUAUUGUGUGUGUGAAUGCUGGAUUGUGCUGAAUCUUUGUCAAGGAUGUCAGGAUACUAUGAAGUCACUGUAUACAAGUAUGUGAGACAUAAAUAAAAACAUCUUUAAAA